GCGUGGUAAAGCAGACGGAGACAGCUGCACUAAAGGCAGCUGGGGAAAACAGGGGAGCGCCCUUCACAAGGGAGCUAACUGCCCUCUACACAAAAUCAACAUUGAUUGGUGAAGAUGUGGACCCGUUGUCUGGACAAACUGUAGGAACUUGCCUUGGUGAUGGGGCUAGCAGCAGACCAAAUGCUCAUUUGAUGUGUGUAUUUGAGAACCUCCCAACCACAUCUUUAUGUAGUCCGUCCAAACCACAAACCAUUGCUAUCAUGUCCGUACAGCCGAGUACUGGUGAGUUGGUGUACGACUGUUUUGAGGACGGGGUGACGCGCAGCCAGCUGGAGACACGUAUCCUCCAUCUGGAGCCUGUGGAGCUGUUGUUACCUCAGACCCUAACAGAGAGGACAGAGUCCCUCAUCACAGACAUCGUGUCUCUCAGCAAUACAGAUGAUGAUCGCAUAAGAAUGGAGAGAUUAGAGGACUCUGUGUUUGAACAUGGCAAAGCUUUUGAAACAAUAAUGGACUUCUACUCCGAGAAUGAAAAAGGUAGUGAGGUUCUUCAAGAUGUGAUCACGCUACCAAGACAAACCCUCAGCUGUCUGGCUGCCCUCAUCACAUACCUGAGAGAGUUCAACCUUCACCGUGUCCUCAGAUCGCUCAGCUCUAUAACACGCUUCACAACUAAACACAAGUACAUGGACUUGGGUGGAAAUACAGUCAAGAAUCUGGAGCUCUUCAGCAAUCUGACAGAUGGAGGAGAGAAAGGCUCCUUGUUUUGGAUCAUGAACCACACUGUGACUAAAUUUGGAAGUCGUCUAUUAAGGACAUGGGUUAGGCAACCCUUGCUAGAUACCAGUGAAAUAAAAGCCAGGCAAGAUGCAGUGGAAGAAUUACUGCACGGUAGCUGCCCAGAGUUGUGUCAACUACAAGCAAUUCUAAAACAACUUCCUGACCUGGAAAAGGGGCUGUGCACUAUCUUUCACAAAAAGUGCUCGCCAGCAGAGUUUUGCCUGGUCGUACGAGCCUUACACAGGGUUCACAGAGCGGUCACUCAGCUGCUGGACACUGCUGGAGCUGAACUCAGGUCCAAGCUGUUAAAGCAGAGCCUGGGGCAGAUUCCAGACCUGCUGUCAGACGUAUCUAGCUACAGUGAGGCCAUCAGUGACCAGGCUGCCAGAGAGAAUGACAAAACAAAAUUGUUCAUCGAUGAAAUACAGUUUCCUGCAAUCGUUGAGAGGAAGUUGGAGAUUGAGAAAGUUUUGUCAGAGUUGAAAGGUCACCGCCGUGAGGUGCGGCUCACUCUGAAGCAGCCAACUUUGGAGUUUGUCACAAUCAUGGGGACGGAGUUCCUGGUUGAAGUGAGGAAUGCUCAUUUGAAACUUGUGCCAUCUGAUUGGUUAAAAAUAAACAGCACCAAAGCCAUGUCUCGCUUCCACACUCCAUUCAUUGAGAAGAAGUACAAAGAAUUGAAUCAGCUGCGAGAAAAGCUACUGAUAGACUGUACGCAGACCUGGAUGACAUUCCUAGACUCAUUUGGUGAGAACUACCAGCGGUAUAAACGAGCCAUCCACCAUGUUGCUGUUCUGGACUGCCUCUUCUCCCUGGUGAAUGUGGCUAACCAUGGCAACUGUUGUCGACCUGAUAUCGUGGAGGACAGUGUUGAAAUCCGAAUAGAUCAAGGUCGUCACCCUGUGGUGGAUCAGUUACUAGGUGGACAAGACCAGUAUGUUCCCAACGAUACAGCCCUAAAGGGUGAUGCACAACGUGUCAUGAUCAUCACUGGCCCAAACAUGGGAGGCAAAUCUUCUUACAUUCGCCAGGUGGCGCUGAUUGUUAUCAUGGCUCAGAUUGGAUCAUAUGUUCCUGCAGAGUUUGCCCGGUUGGGAGUGUUUGAUGCUGUUUUCACAAGAAUGGGUGCGCGUGAUGACCUGUACAGAGGACGCAGCACUUUCAUGGUGGAGCUGCAGGAGGCCUCUGCGAUCAUGGCGCAGGCGACACACAAAUCUCUGGUCAUUCUUGAUGAGUUGGGACGUGGCACAAGCACACACGAUGGGGUAGCCAUCGCACAUGCCACACUGGCACAUUUCAUUACACAGGUGAAGUGCCUGACCUUGUUUGUGACACAUUAUCCUUCCCUGGCAGAGUUUGAGAAGAUCUAUCCUGAACAUGUCAACAACUUCCACAUGUCUUUCAUGCUACUAGAUGAGAUUGGUGAUGAGUCAGAUUAUGCUGCAGAUAACGCCAUCACGUUUCUGUACCAGGUUGUGAGGGGAAAAGCGGCCCGCAGCUAUGGGCUAAAUGUCGCCCGAUUGGCUGAUAUCCCACAUGACAUCCUGAAACUGGCAGCGUGUAAGUCUCAGGAAUUGGAGGAGAUUAUUGCUGGGAAAAGAGAAGCUCUUGAUGUAUUCUGUCGUAUAUUUUCUUCACGAACUCUGCGUACUGAAUCCAGCAGCCCUUCUGCAGACAGCAUGAAUUUGGGAUGAUAGAGACCUCAACAUUUAGCCCUUGGCUAGCCCUUGUGUAAUGUAAAUGCACCACUGACUGGAGUUCUCUGUUAACUUUUGUAAGCUAUUUAAUGUCAAAUACUGUAUAACAUUGAUUAAGACAGCAAGGAUCAUGUCAAGUUGUGACACCCUGUGUGGUUUAUACUGGAAUGUGACCGAGCCAGCUGAUUGUCCUCUGAACAAUGAGGUCACAGGUUCAAAUCUAGCUCUAGUAGCUUUAGCUGAAGCAUUGAUUCAGGAGCUUGGUCAGGUAAUUGUCAAGGGGUGAUAGUUUACCUGUACUCCAGACACCGUAGACUCCAGCGUAGCAUGAAACGUCAGUCAAAUAAACGAAUUAGGUGAAUCCUGAGUAUAACAUGACAUAAGUAUCAUUAUCAGACAGAUGGGCAUGUAGGCUACCGUAAAGCCAGGUUAAAAUCAAAGUGAAGGUUAUUUAGUUACAUUUUCAUGUAUUCAUGUGAACAACUGUUUCUUCGUUCUGAACAUGGGCACGAAGUGCUCUUUGAAUUUGUGUUUCAGAGAUAGUAACAUGGUGUUUUGAACUUAUGGUUUAACAUGUUUAGAGUGAGCCAACAUGUAAGAACUGGCAUUAAGAGUUAGAACUUAUGUUAAGCCCUCUGUGUUCAUAAUUGGAGUGAAUAAAAUGUACGAUACGCAUAUCAUGUUAUUCAGCAUAUCAUGUAGAAACAACAUUACAAUUCGUGUGGGUAAUCACUUGUAACAUAAGUGUAUGUAAUAAGGCGAUGUAAUGCUAUUAAAAAUGAAAAUGUAAAACUAUUAUUCAAAACUUUCCUCUUUAUAGGAAAUGUUUCAUUGUGCUUUGAUUAUAUUAAUAGCAAGUUACACUUUAGCAAAGGCAAUAAUUUGAGCUAUUCUUGGUAAAAACAAAGAAAAUGCGUAAUUACCGGUGGCGAAUAUGGAUUUUUAGCCAAAAAUCUCCGGGUAUCUCAUGUGGCUGGAUAUGACCAUGCGAAGUUCAAGUGGCAAAAAUCUCACAUUUCGAGGUGCAAGUAUUGCUGAAAUUCGAGCUUUGCAGGCAGUGUAUGUGGUGUUCACCUGAAUUUUCAGUAUUUAAAUUUUUGAAGAUUGACCUUUGUUUAACGCCAUACUCAAGAUUUUUUCACGUAUACACUGACGGUCAGUCCAAGAGUGGAAAAAACUGGACCGCCCGGGGUACCCCACCGACCUUUGACCAAUUAUUGAAGAACUUUCCUACAUGUGACGUACAUAUAUGCACACCCUAGAAAAGUGGUCUUCACGUUUAUAUGCGCAAGCGACCACACGAGCGUGACUGACCACCUAUUGUCACCAUUCAACCGCAAGCACUUUCAACACAUUUGAUCGAAGCCGCUUAUGAACGAAUGUCACCUGAACUUGGUAGAUAAAUGUUAAUAGGACGUGAUAUAAUUACUGACGUGGGAGGAAAAUGAGUUUUUCAUGUGCAUGUACUGACCGAAAGGCUUACGGGCAACGUUCUAUCUUAGAAAGAACCUGCGGCCCGAAACAGUAUAUUUUUGGAUAGUAUCUCUUGUUGAAUUGGAAGACCCAGCGGUGUGUGUAAGUGUGGUUUUCUGUAGUUGUAGUUUUCUGAACCGUGGACAUUCACAUUCAUACGACUUUGCACAGUCUAACGUUCGUUGAAGAUUGUCUUCAAAUCCGAAGGUCUAACGCGCGAAACUUUGUCAUGUAUCCGUCGGAAGACAUUCGUAUACUAGCCGUCAACCAGAGUGGACACUCCUUGUCACUCAUC